UGUUAAUUCCCCCGAAAUCAAUGGAGGGGAGAGCAAUUUUGGCCACCACACAGAAAGAAAAACAAGGACCCUAAACAUCCUCCCGCUUCAUUUCAAAUCCACCUGCUAAUCAUCUAUUCUUUCACCUUCUAUCUUGAUUCCGCAUCGACAAGUGGGUUAUUCAGACUUGCAUACAAAAUGCAGAGGGGAAGAGAAGGCAAAAGGGACCUCUUCGAUGCGGGCGACCCAUUUGAUGCCAUCCAGAGGUUGGGAAGCUUUGGAUCCCGUGAAACUAUGAUGUCCGGCCUCUUUGGAGGCAGAGAUCCUUUCGAUGAUCCCUUCUUCACUCGUCCCUUCGAUAGCAUGUUCGAACCUAGCAUCUUCGGUCCAAGUACUCCAUCUCGUGAAGCACCACCCAAGGGCGAUGGAGGAAAGGGAAUACUUAUAGAAGAAUUGAACUCCGAUGAGGAAAAUAGAGAAAGUGUUAAAGGUAUCACUAAGCAUGUCGGGUCUGGAAAGGAACCAUCUAUCGAGCACCCGGAUGAUAGCGAUGACGAUGGGAAGAUUCAGAGUGUUAAUUAUAGAAAUGAGAAUGACAGCCACAGGGUGAAAGGCUCAAAGUUACAGGCUCGUAGUUAUAGUUUCCAGACUUCAAGAGUUACAUAUGGAGGUGUAGAUGGAACUUAUUACACUUCUACGAAAAACAGGAAGACGGGCAGCGAUGGAGUGGUGAUUGAGGAGAGAAAAGAAGCAGAUACAACAACGGGUCAAGCAACACAUAGUAUUUCUAGAGGAAUUCAUGAUAAGGGCUAUUCUGUUACAAGGAAGCUGAAUGAAGAUGGUAAGGUGGACACAACAGAGACAUUACACAACUUGAAUGAAGAUGAACUUACGGAAUUCGAAAAGGCUUGGAAAGGUAAUGGUGAUGGUCAUUUGACUGGUUGGAGUGAUGUAUUUAGCAAGCCUGCUAAUGCUGGAUCUGUAAAUAAUGAACAGAUGGGGUUGGCAGUGAAGGACAGUUGGAGACAUCCAUAUAGAGAGCAGGGUGAAAAAGGUAGAAAUCAAGGUGCAAACACUGGGGGUAGAACCAAGAAGGUCGUUAGGAUUAAUAUAGAAUGAACCAGGUGUGACCAUACACCGGAUAUACCGUUUUGGUCCCGGCCCUAUUGCUCAUUGGGGUCUAGCAAUAUCACCAAAACAUCGACCUUUUCUCAGUUAAGUUGAACCAUCUAUCAUCCUGCUAGAUAUGUUUUUGUUUGGGAAUUUCUGGUAAACAGCAGAGUACAUAAACAUUAGAAACUUUUCAUUAUUGAGUUGUUUUGCAUUAACGCAAGGA